AUGCGUCGGGAAGGAACCAUCGAAUACACGGAUGAGUACAAUCGGUUCAUGGCUCGGUUGGAGGCAUUCCAUCACAAGCACGGAACGAUCCUCAAUCGAGAGCCAGUCCUAGGUUCACAGCGCCUUGAUCUCCUCAAGGUCUACAAACUUGUCACGGCUCAUGGUGGAUGUGAAAAGGUUACUUCUGAACGUGGAUGGAAGAGGAUCACCUUGCCUUUCAACUUCCCACCGACGUGCACCAAUAGUGCCUAUGUGAUGAAGAGUGUGUAUGUCAAGAAUCUGGAGCUGUUUGAACAGGAGGAUUUCUUUGGCAAGGAAGUGCCCGUCAACAAGUUUGAGACGCAGGAAUCCAACAUCACUCGAUCCCGGGAAGCUUCGCAAGCACCCACCACCAGACGUGGACCCUACAUGACCCAGCAGAUGAAACUGCAACUUCAACAGCAACAGGCACAACAGGCAGCAGCACAACAACAAGCACAGCAGCAGGCACAGCAGGCACAGCAGCAGCACCCAAUUCCCCAGCAGCCUGUCCCACAACCCAUGCCCCAGGCACCACAGGCCCCACCAACAGCAGCACCCGUCGCCGCGGUUGUGAGACCAUCCAACUUUUACGAAGGCUACUACAUCGAGGGCGGUCAUCAGAACAGGAUUCUUUUGUCGCUCAAGUCAGAGCUUCCCAACGAGAUUGACUGGGCAUUUGGCAGGCUUAUCUCAUUGUCGUUCGAAUGGAACGAGUUUUCGUUGAACAUGAUUCCAGGACUGCUGAACGAGCUUCUUUCGUUCGCUCAACCGUUUUUCGAGUGGUGGGCAACACUGGAGCCAAAGAAUAUCGACGAGCUCAUGGACGACGAUGUCUUGAACAUGAACGAGACCCACAACUUGGAGCGUGUCCUUCAGGUGUUCCACAUCCUGCGCAACCUCUCGUUCCUCGACCAAAACAUCGGCAUUCUUACCGAGCACUCUGGAUUCAGGAAGAUGCUCCAACAGGGCCUCUCGAUGCCAUCUUCAACACAGCUCAACGAACUCCGAAUUUACAGUCUGGACACCCUGGAGUGCUUGAGUAUCCAUAUCACGUUGCGAUCCAAAUUCGACGUGUAUCUUCGGGAGCUUCACAAAUUGCUUCACACCAGCGACAAGGCGUUGAUCUUGGGAAGUCUCCGUGCUCUGACCCGACUGGCCGCAAAUGAGCACAACGAGAAGAUCCUGAGCGAUAUUGAUCCGGACAUUAUCGAGAGGAUAUCUCAGUUGCUGUUGAUCCAGGACGAUGAGUUGAUCGGCGCUACUCUCGACUACCUCUACCAGUUCUCAAGCUUCCACGGAGAUGCGGCGGUCCAAAUCGCCAAGAGCUUUCCAGGAAACAUCGUGUCGAUCCUUGUCCGAUUCUUGUCAUGGGGCAGUCCCAAGUCUGUGCCAGCACCCGUCACAGUCGACCCCGCGCAACAAAUUCUUCACGAACCAUAUCGCGCUCUUCACUGGCUCCAGUCCAACUUUGAGAGUAACCCUCAGGCAUACAUCUAUGAGGCGGAUCUCUUCAAGCUGUACCAGACAAAGUUUGCAGCUCACGGACCCAUGCUUCGAUCUGCGGAUUUAGUGACAGUGUCUCGUGUUGGAUUCCCAAAGAUGGAGACCAGCUUUGUACAGGGUCCCGAGGGAAUGCCCCCAGUCCAAGUGAUCCGUGGCAUCGCCAAGAAGCACUGGAUGGACUUUAGCGGAGCUGAGGACAGGAUACUCUGCAGAUGGAUGGGAUGUCAGACUGUUGUCGCCACUGAGGCAGAACUCUUCAAGCACGCUGUUCAGGAACACAUCUCCCCCGGCAUGGGUCUCUAUAAUUGCCAAUGGCUCAGCUGCCGACGCUUCACCACCCCAACACACGACCGCCAACAAGUGAUCAAACAUCUCAAAACCCAUUUCCCCCUCACGCCAUCUGUCAAACCCUUCUCGAACCGACCACGGUGGUUUGAUGUCCGCCCUAAUGUACUGGAGCUGCCCAACCGGGACCUGGCAGGUAUUCCAUUGACGGCGGUAUUUGUGCUGAGGAACCUGUCACGACAGAAGCGGAACCAGAAGCUGUUCUUGCCAUAUGAGGAGAGUCUGGCCAGGAUCAUGGGUGAGUUCCCAAAGAUGUCGGCGUUCAUCGUUGACAUCUUGACUUACUUGAGGGUUGGUUAG